UCCAAACCCAAACACUGUGCACAGCUGCUAGCUAAAGAAGCGCAGGGGAAGAAAGGGGACACAGGCCAAGGGGUGGUGAAAUUGUUUUUGCUACUAUUUAUUUUAAGUAGUUUCGUAACAUAGUUAUUGGUUCAGGUCUCAGUUUUGUAUUCAUAGUGGCUGAGUCGAUCCGGAUUUGGCUUGGGACUUUCAUGACCAACUGACAUAAAGUUAGCUUAGGAGUACGGAUAGUUAGCUUAGCCUAGCCGCCGCUGAAUCGGCUGUGUACAACAGGGCGUGAUUUAAGCAAAGAGAACAGGUUGGUUUGAUGCACGUACCAUUAAAGCCGGAGGCACCAUGAGUGCAGAGGUGGAUGCACUGACUGUGGUAAACCAGCUGAGAGAUCUCGCUGCGGACCCUCUGAAUCGAAGAGCCAUAGUUGAGGACCAGGGUUGCCUGCCGGGACUCAUCCUUUUUUUCGACCAUCCUAACCCACAGGUUGUCUACUCUGCACUGUUGGCUGUGCGGUACCUGGCAGAAUGUCGGGCCAACAGAGAGAAGCUGAAGGGCGAGUUGGGCAUGAUGCUGAGCUUGCAGAAUGUCAUGCAGAAGAGCACGUCGCCCGGGGAGACCAAACUGCUGGCGUCCGAGAUAUAUGAGAUUCUGCAGUCGGCUGGUAAAGAAGAGGCUGAGCAGGCCGAGGCAGCUGCUGCGUCCUGCCGCCGUAAAGCCCACUUCUUCCUCGGCUCCAACAACAAGAGGGCCAAAACUGUAGUUUUGCACAUCGACGGACUGGAUGACUCUACUCGAAGGAGCCUGUGUGAGGAGGCUUUGCUAAAGAUACGAGGAGUCAUCAGUUUCACCUUCCAGAUGGCCGUGAAGCGAUGCGUUGUCCGUAUCCGUUCCGACCUUAAAGCCGAGGCAUUGGGAACAGCAAUUAACUCUACCAAAGUGAUGAAGGCUCAGCAGGUGGUGAAGACAGAGGAUGGCGGAGAGCUGAUGGUACCAUUCCAGGAGGACGCCUCGGUGCUGGUGGAAGAGAACACAGACAUCCCAGACUACCUACCUGAAGACGAGAGUCCAUCGCAGGAGCAGGACAAGGCCGUCACCCGGGUUGGGUCGGUCACAGACGGCCUGGGCUGGCUCAGCACGGCCGCCAACUUCCUGACACGCUCAUUCUACUGGUGACAUCUUCCCGCGUCUCACUCAGCGUAGUGUCGGUUUUCACCCUGCAUCACUAGUUUUAGGUUCCCCUCUCAACAGCACAUGUGCUGGACUGCCAGUUGGAACAUGCAAUAACUUUAACAUGUGCAAAUAUUAGGCUACAAAUCCCACAACAAAGCUGUUUGUUCACAACUAUAAACUAACUGCAGAUAUCUAUAGGACAUAGCCAAAGGACUCUAUAUCCAGCAGAACCAAAUAGCUUCCUGGAAAUGAGUAAUGCUAUGUUGAACUAGUAGAUAAAUGGGAGGUUCAGUUUCAUCUCUUUCUGUGCAUGAGUUCAGCUCUUCAUUUCCUUCCAUCUAUUCCAAUAUUUCCUCAUUAGAGUCUUUAGCCUUUAAAUUUGUCACAUUUUCAGUCACGUUUUGUUUGUUCUUUUCAGCAAGCCACGUGCCAAUCUCGCCCGUUGCCUACGUCUGCAAAUAUUUUGUGUGGUUUUUGAGUUGGUUGUAAUUAUUUAUUCAUAAUUAAAUGAUUUGAGAGCUCUGAGCAAAGGCUGUCAGUUCGCAGAAAAAGGUAGACACCAGCAGAAACCGCUGCUCCUUCAGCCGGCGGCUAAAUGAGCAGCGAGUAGCGCCUGAAUUGUGAUUCAGUCAUAGCCAUGCGUUGGACUGAAUUGUGAUUUUUAAAUCACAACUUAUGAGUGUUUUGGCUGAAUGGUGCAGGGCUUGUCUCACAAAUGUCAUCUGUGAGUUUAUUUAAUGAAGUAAUUCAGUUUAAAAAGUGAAGCUUCCUUUCACCUGGCUGUAUUUCAAACGUUUAUUUCUGUUAGUUUUGGUGACUCUGGCUUACAGCUAACAAAAACCCAAAAUUCAGUUCUGUGAAAUAUUGUAAUAUUACAUUAGAUUAAUUUAAAAAAAAAGGUUUUAGAACGGAAAUGUCAUUCUCUCAGUUUGGCUCAUUCUUGUGUGAAUUACAGCAUGAAAGUUCUGUUUUAAAAUUAAAUUAACGAUACAAAACUUAGAAGUGGAAGCAUGAACUGCUGUAACAUUUCUGGUAGAUGUCUGUGCUGAGUUUGGACUUCAUGAAACUCAGGGGACCAACAUCAGCACAUGACUUCAAAACAGUCAGUCGUAGCUCAAGUCCUGGAUACAUCUGUGUAAAGUUCUGACUCCUCUUCAGUCCAGACCUUGUAGAUAUUAAAAUCUAAGGAAUGGGUUUACUUUACAGUCCUCUCCAGACUGUGGUUUUCCCUGCAACGUCUUCUAUUUCAUAUUUGCGGCUCGAGACAAAUUUUAUUUCACUUGACUGAGGGCAUUCGGCUGGUUUUGGUUGUAGCAUUUGAUUUCUGCAUCGAAAUGAAUGCUUUAUUGGUCCUAUGUGCUGUAAAAAUUGUCAGACAAACUCAAUUUUUUUGUUUUAAUUACCUGUAAGCCAUAGUCAUCAAAAUGAGGUGUGAUGAAUCCAGAUACUAUACAAUGUAUUUCACUUUUUAAAUUGAAUUACUGAAAUAAUGAAACUUUUGGAUGAUUUUUUAAAGUAUUUAGAUGCCGCUUGUUACACCCUUUUAAUGUGUUUGAUUUCUUUAGAAAAUUUAAAUCUAUCCAACGUAACCGUAUGCAGGUAACCUCUGAAGGUGAGCUCCUCUGUUAGUGGUCCUUCAUUGACGAUGCUACCUCUGCUCUCAGCCUCCCCCUUCACAUCAACCUGGGUUGUGAUCUGUCAGUAACACCACAGCUCUGCAUGAUGAAGCUGCCUGCUUGGUAAAUAUUUCCGCGUGUCUCCCUGAAUUCCUCGGCCAUUUUUACGCAGUAUUGUCAUGACAGCUUAGCCAGCAGUGUCCUUAAAGCAGCGAUCAUGUUGGAGCACACUCUCACAUUCGAAGGACUCACACAAACGCUGUGGAGGAGAUGUAUAUUUUGUAAAUGGUGCCUCAUUCCCUGACGUGAAGGAUCUUUUUGUUUGUUUUGCUUUUAGUUUGAAUAAUUCUGGCUUUUAUUAUAGGUCACAAAUUACAACAAGAGCUCGUAGCAGCUGGUGUUUCUUUUUAAACUCCUGAAUUUCACCUCAGGUUUAAUUAUUCUGACUUGUGUCAUUAACAGUUAUUACAUCCAGUGCUGACCGGGCCACUUUCCGUCUUUCAUGGUACGGAGACGUCACGUUUGGUUGGGUUCAAACUGAGAAAACGGCAGAGAAAAGCAAAACUGGUGGUGGCCAUGGUUUGAAAAGCAAUAAUUUUUUUCUGUUUAAUGUCAUCAUAUGUCAACAACACUUUGCAGACUGACGUCAGCGGGACGCGCAUAUGUCAGCAGUAUUACUCUCUUCUUUAUUUGUCCACGUUGCAGUUAAUCUUUGUUGCAUGUUUGUUUUUAGUAUUUCAGCUCAUUUUGCAAAGAAAAUACUUGAAACCUGUUCAGAUUUUUUUCUUUUUUGUCUGCCUCAGCGGUAAUAUCGAGAAAGAGCCUCUGACAAAACCCUCAAAAAUGUAAUCUCUUGUGUACAAACUUGGCAGAUGUAAUAUAACCUGUGCAGAUUUUAAAAGCUGUAGAUUCCUGUACACUGUUAACGCGAACGACGAUAAACAUUGAAAUAAGAGAAAUG